AUGCGAUCCCAGACCGGCGACACCACUUUCACUGGUCUUGCAAGACCAAAUUCUGGGCCCGAGUGCGAGUCCGGUAAAAGAAGUCGGAUGGAUUUCAUAUCCCGUUGUCCCCUGAUUUUGGUGUGGUUGUGCGGUCGUGCACCGCGCCGACCGCACCGACCCGGACCGCACAACCACGGCGGAUUCACUUUGGUCUCCCCAACUGGGAUUAACACCGGACACCACGAGAAGGAUAUGCAGGACAAAUAA